AUGUCGAAUGGUUUGCCUCUUACUGCGGCCGAUGCAAAACGCCUUGUAGAAAAUCUGUUGGGUGAUCUAAGGACAUUGUCGACAGAGGCGAAGAAAAAACAGGUUCAAGUCAAAGAGGCAGCUGAAUCAGGCCUUGUGAAGAUUCGUAACAUCAACUCGGCAUCAAAUGAACAAAAUCUUGCAAAAAACUUGAGAUUAGCAAGUUCGGAACUUAUUCAACCUUUAAUGAUGGGAUGUGCCAGUAAAAAUUCUCGACUAGUACAGGUUUCACUGCAAGCCGUGCAAAGAAUGGUGCAACAUGGGAUGAUUGAACCUGCUUCUGCGCCUGCAAUUGUUAACGAGCUGUGGCAGCUAAUGGAGGCCGAGUGUGAAGAAUUAAGAGUUUUACAGACUCUGACAUAUCUCGUCAGCACAGAAUUGCUAGUAACUGGGUCCUGGCUUGCAAAGUGCUUGGUUAUGUGCUUUCGUUUAAAUUUUGCAAAGGAUCCCAUCGUUAUUAACACAGCUUCGGCUACCGUUCGACAGAUGGUUAGCUCUGUGUAUGAAAGGAUCUUAAAAGAAGACAGUUCAAAGAACGUUCCUCUACCUAACAUGUAUUAUAGUGCUAAAUCCAAGUUGUGGAGUCCUCCAUCUACUUUGAAACCUUGUGCGGCAGACGGGUAUAUGCUGUUUCAGGAUCUCUGCCUGUUGAUUAAUGGUGAAGAACCGCACUGGCUAGGCGGCAUACGAGAAAUGACUCGUACUUUAGGGUUAGAACUGGUUGAGUCUGUUUUGGCCGGCUAUUAUCAGCUAUUUUUUGAGCAUCCUGAAUAUUCGCAACUUCUGAAAGAUCAAGUUUGUCCACUUAUCAUUCGACAGUUUGCUCCAAAUCAAAAAAACAUCCAGCAUCCUCAUUCUUUAUCCUCUCGAACUUCAAUUGAAUCUGCCUCUAUCGGACAGUUACCGAGCUCUCCAGAACGCCCUUAUUUUCCAAUAUCAAUGAGACUUUUGCGUGUUGUUGUAGUACUUAUCACACAUUUUUAUAGCCUACUUGUCACCGAAUGUGAAAUUUUCCUCUCUCUAUUAGUGAAAUUUUUGGAAUCCGAUAAGCUAGACUGGCAGCGGCCAAUAACUCUUGAAGUUUUACACAGAAUUAUCGUCCAACCGGAUUGGUUCUGUAAACAGUAUGAUUCACGUUCUGGUUCUACAAAGGUAAUAAACACAAUGAUCUCAGUCCUCGCAAACUACAUUCAAGCUUCGUUAUUAAGACCUAGUUCCUCCAAUACAGAUGAGGAACAGUUUGAAGUUGGGAAUCAGUUGGUUGGUCAAACCGGGUUUCUUUACAGGAGGAUUUGGAUUCCUUUAGAUCAGACCAUUUCACCAAAAAAAUCGAUUUUGUACGAACUUGAUUCUUUGGACAAACAUGAUGCUAUUGUUUUGCCAGAAGGAUAUUCUCUUUCACUGGCGUAUUACUGUAUAAUCAAUGGCUGUCAGUGUCUUUACCAGGCGUAUGAGUUAAACCUUCCUAUGUUUAGCAAUGAUGAAACCGUGAGCGACCAAUUAGUUAAAUGCUUUGAUAUUAUUGCAACCUUGGCUUGUCGUCUAAAUCACAAUGCUGGUAGAGAUGCUAGUAUAGUUGCUCUCUGUAAAUUGGCUUUACCUGUUGGGUACUUUGCCAAAGUGCUCAGUAACGUUAGCGGAACAAAUAUUUCGAAUGGCUCUCCUGGCAGUUCAGAAAAGUGUCCUGCAUUGACUGCGAAAAAUCUGCAAGUUAUACGUACCAUAAUUAUAUGUGCUGAAAAAAAUGGACAGCAACUCAACGAUUGUUGGCAUCUAGUUUUAACCACUCUACAGCAUGUGGUAUGGAUAUUAGGGAUGAAACCAAACUUAUUAGAAGGUUUUCGAAGUGAUGGUAUUCUUUCAUCUUCUCUUUCGCCUUGUUUUUUAGUUUUUUUGAAUCACUGUCUUCAGGCAAAGAUGCUUAACAAUUUAUUCGAAUCCACUUCCAAACUCGACGAUGUCGCUCUUCAUCAUGUUAUUGCUGCUUUAUGCAAGUUGUCGUCUGAAGCAAUGAUCGUCUCAGAAAGUGGAAGUCGAGAACCUUCUUACUUUCCCGUAGCGAAAUUACAGCAGACUGGAAUGGUCAAUCUUUCAAGAAUUGCUGUUUUUUGGAAACCUGUUACCGCUCACCUGAUUGACGUUUCUGGACAUCCUAACUCUAAUUUUCGUGAGUGGGGUGCUCAAGCACUUACUGUUCUAGUAAAAAGUGCGAUGAAGUCUGCAGUGUAUGGUGAUAGCGUGGCUAAAAGGCAACAACUGAUUUUGGCGCCGCUCUUAUCGAUGUGUGAAAUCGAGUACCCAGAUGUCCGUCGGAAGCAAAUGGAAUGUUUAAUGAAUUUGCUGCAGUCAUCUGGUCAGCAGUUUGCUUCUGAACAAUGGCCUACGGUUAUUGAAAUUCUAGCCUCUAUUGUAAGCACACGAUUUCAAAGUUAUGAAGCAGUGGCUUUGAUGGUAACAGAUUUUCUGGAUUUACUCCCUCUGGAGUGUAUUCAGAUGUUGGUGGAAACUGACGCUAAAUAUGGUGCACAACAGCGUGAACUUAAUAUAUCGCUUUCUGCACUAGGUCAAUUGUGGACCAUAUCAGAUUAUAUUUAUCGUAAGAGCUCAAAACUAACCGAAAAUGAGAGUGAAACAAUAUGGCUAGUAUUGUAUAACUGUUUGUCCGAGCUCUGUGUUGAUUCGCGUCCUCCUGUGAGAAAAAGCGCUUGCCAGACUCUUUUGCAAACCAUUAGUGCCCAUGGACGUUCUCUGAAACCGAACACAUGGAAGCAUAUGCUGUGGAAGAUUCUUUUUCCGAUGUUAGAUAAAGUUCGAGCUUUAACUCGAAGUGCCUCCACCGUUCCAUCAAAUAUUCUUAUUCACCAUUCACGAGAUACUGAAUAUAAACAGUGGGCUGAAACCUCUGUACAGACUCUUGGAGGCAUUGUCAAAAUUUUCAACACGCAGCGAAACUUAUUAAUCGCUUUUGGCGAUUUUGCUGCUGCGUGGUCCACUUUGCUACAGUAUAUUGAAUAUCUAGCUCUAUCUGGUAACCCAGAAAUGUCGCUUGCGGGACUGAAAAGUUUUCAGGUUUAUAUUCGAUCAGUAAUAUCGCUUAAAAUAACAAAAUUCAUUCUGAUUGUUGUGCUAAAAAAGCCCUAUGGUGGAUUGAAAAAAUUUUUUAGAGAGACAGCAAUCCCUCCAUACUAUGUCCCAGGUCCAGCCCACCUAACAACGUUGUUACAAAUCUUUGGACCGCUCUUUGAGCAUGUUAAAAAACGGAUCAAUGUUAGUGAGUUAAAGGAAGAUGGAUUACCUUCUGUAUUAAAGAGCGUUAUCGGAGCUCCCUUUUGUACGGACCAAGCUCCAUUUGUGAUUUCAACAGGAGAUAUUAGUCCGACCCAAGAGGCGGUUAUGCAGUGCAUUAAAAUCACUUAUAGGGUUAUGGAUACGGGCUCUUCACUUCGUCAAGCACUUCCCGACUUAAUACGCUUACUGCUUGACUUCUCAAUUCUUGCCGUUCAAGUGCCUUAUCCCAAUUUUCUAGGGGGCAAGAUCAAGGACUGGUGGGUGCAGAAUGUUGUCCCAUUUGCAGAACUUUGUUUGCGUACGGGUGUCGAAUUUUAUGCAUAUACAGCUCAUUAUCACGAAAUUGUUCAGGCUACAGUAUUUGUGGAUAUUGUAAAAGCGCUUGCGGUUCCUAUGAAACUAAAAUACAAUUGCUUUUCUCGGACAACGUGGAAAGCUGCUGUAUCCGCGUUUAUUACUGCAUUACGCCUAGGAUUACCAAUUGCGAGGCAGCAUGCUGCUUUGUUUCGAGAGUUAUGGCCGUUGUUAGCAGAUACGCUCUACUCGUUUCUUUUCAACACAUCUCGAUCUCCAGUCCCUUUAAACGCUGACGAGCGUCGGCGGCAUGAGUUCAUAGACUGUCAACUUAUCGAGCUGAUCAGAUCAGAGGUUUUACCUAACGUUAGUCAAUUUCCUAAAGAAUUUGUUCAAAAUAUUAUUGAUCUGCUGAACCGUGGUUCUAUUAGCACCUUGGAUCCUCGUGACGUUUUAGGUGAGGAGUAUUUUUUGUUUUUGCAUGUGGUGAAGAACUUGAAGACUUGUUGCAGUAAAAGUGAUGGGACAAGUAGAGAAACUCACGGGAAAAAGGCUGUCGAGGAACCUUCAGAUCUUGGGUUAUCAGCAAUCAAUUCUUUACUCUCUAGGUGUAAACAGGUAGAGGUUUAUACUGUUCUUUUUUUUGACUCGUUUCGUAGUAUCUAG